AUGGCGACCGCAGGCAUAGCCAAGACCCUCCCGAGAUUUCUUUUACCCAGAUUGAGCUGGCAAGCACCGAUUCAACAAAAUACCCUACGGGCAAUAAGCACUCAAUCAACCUACAAUCCUCCGAAACGGCAAAGAGAUGGACCUCCGAACAGUACUUCCUCCUGUAGAAGAAACAAUGCUACUUUGCGGCCAAGGACGAGUAUUCUGCAGAAUCCAGCACACAGGCGGGCUUUCCACGCCACUGCUCGCCAGUCUCGAGACCACCACUUCGACACACUUAAAUUCGUCCAACGGCUGAAAGAAGAAGGAUUCACAGAGGCCCAGUCAGUAGCUAUGAUGAAAGUACUCAGCGAUGUAAUCGAAGAGAGUAUCCAAAAUCUAACCCGUACCAUGGUCCUCCGCGAAGACCAAGCAAAAGCAACAUAUACCCAGAAAGUAGACUUUGCAAAACUGCGCUCGGAACUCCUUUCUGCAGAUUCGACGGAAUCUGCGACCACGAGAGCCUCCCACGAACGCUUGACCAAUGAUUUGGCAAAGCUAAAUAGUAGGUUAAGGGACGAGGUGGGCAGAACGCAAGCGUCUGUGAGGCUAGAUCUGAAUCUAGAGAAGGGCAGGAUCAGGGAAGAAGCAAAUGUCCAGGAGUUGAAGAUCAAGGAAACGGAAACGAAGAUUGAGCAGGAGGUCGCUGGGCUGAGGGAGAAAUUGGAGGCGGUUAAGUUCCAGGUAAGUUUUAGCCCUGCAUGUUCACAUAUUCCGGCUCAAAUGCUAACACCAAAUCUUGACUCUACAAUGGUUGAUGGGAGUAUGUACUGGUACCGCUGCUUUGAUUCUUGGUGCUUGGAGAUUGUUGAUGUAGAGCGAUACCCCUUACUUUGGUGCCUGCUUGAGGCCGUUCAUAUGAUGAUUACCAAUAGAGUCAAGCACUGA